CGCCAUUGGUGUUUAUCCGGUUUAUCUGUCGAAUCUUAUAACCGGAUCUGACCCGGCUACAGCGCAUAACCCCUAAAAAGUAAAACCCCCAUCGCUUACAAGCCUGCCUGCAUCAUCUAGCUCACCAUUCCGACAGCAAAAUGGUCGGAGCGUUGGUUCGUGCUCUCUUUUCCACCACCAGGAAAUCAAUCUCCUCCUCCUCUUCUCUGAAACCGUCGAUAAAUGCCCGCCUUUUCUCCUCCGCCACUGCAACGGCUGCUGCUGACCCCGGCGGCGCGCUGGAUCCUAACCGCCUCCGCAACGUGGCGGUGAUUGCUCAUGUCGAUCAUGGUAAAACGACUCUUAUGGAUCGCCUGCUUCGGCAGUGCGGGGCGGAUAUUCCACAUGAACGGGCGCUUGACUCUAAUCAGCUUGAGAAGGAGCGUGGAAUCACCAUUGCUUCUAAGAUCACGUCCAUUUCGUGGAAAGAAAAUGAGCUAAACAUGGUUGACACACCUGGACAUGCAGAUUUUGGUGGUGAGGUUGAGCGGGUUGUUGGCAUGGUUGAGGGAGCCAUAUUAGUUGUGGAUGCUGGUGAAGGCCCACUUGCACAGACAAAAUUUGUUUUAGCAAAAGCCUUAAGAUACGGGCUACGUCCUAUUUUACUCAUGAACAAAGUAGAUAGACCUUCAGUUAGUGAGGAGAGGUGCGAUGAAGUUGAGAGUUUGGUAUUUGAUCUCUUUGCAAAUCUUGGUGCAACAGAGGAGCAACUUGACUUCCCGGUUUUAUACGCUUCUGCUAAAGAAGGUUGGGCAUCAUCAACAUUCACCAAAAAUCCUCCGGCUGAUGCCAAAAAUAUGUCACAAUUGCUUGAUGCAAUUGUAAAAUAUGUCCCCCCACCAAAAGCUAGCCUUGAUGAACCUUUCAGAAUGCUGGUUUCGAUGAUGGAGAAGGAUGAUUAUGUGGGGAGAAUCUUGACUGGGCGAAUUACAUCUGGUGUGGCUCGUAUAAAUGAUAGGGUUCAUGGAUUACGUGAUUCGGAUGCUGGGGUUGUCAAAAUUGAAGAGGGAAAAAUUGUGAAGCUAAGGAAAAAACAAGGGAUGGUCUCGUUUGAUGUUGAUUGUGCUGGUGCUGGUGAUAUCAUCUCAGUGGCAGGGUUGAAGAGUCCAUCUAUUGGCCACACAGUAGCAAAUGUAGAGGUGAUGACCCCAUUGCCCACUGUUGAGCUGGACCCUCCAACCAUUUCAAUGACUUUUGGUGUGAAUGACUCUCCAUUGGCUGGUCUUGAUGGUUCUCAGUUAACAGGAGGAAAGAUUGGUGAUCGCCUAUUGGCCGAAGCAGAAACAAAUUUAGCAAUAAACGUAAUCCCUGGUCCAGCAGAAUCAUAUGAGGUUCAAGGCAGGGGAGAACUUCAAUUAGGUAUCUUGCUUGAGAAUAUGAGGCGUGAAAGCUUUGAGCUUUCUGUCUCACCGCCAAAAGUUAUGUACAAAAUGGAGAACGGUGCAAAGCUAGAGCCAAUUGAGGAAGUAACUAUUGAGGUCAAUGAAGAACAUGUGGGCUUGGUAAUGGAAGCGCUUUCUCACAGACGAGCGGAGGUUACUGACAUGGGCCCCGUCCCGGGAAACUUUGGCCGGACUAGAAUGACAUUAACUUGUCCCUCACGGGGACUGGUUGGUUACAGAAGUGUGUUUAGCAGUGACACUCGUGGCACAGGAUUCAUGCAUCGUGCAUUCAUGGCUUAUGAAAAAUAUCGGGGCCCACUUGGAAAUGUCAGAAAAGGAGUGUUGGUAUCAUGUGCUCGUGGAACGAUCACAGCUUAUGCUUUAGUGAGUUUGGAACCACGCGGAACACUUUUUGUGACUCCUGGUGUAGAGACAUAUGAUGGCAUGAUUGUUGGCGAACACUCACGAGACACGGAUCUUGAUGUUAACCCAGUACGAAACAAGGCACUUACAAAUAUAAGAUCUGCUGGAAAUGAUGAGAAUGUGAAGCUAUCACCACCUCGCAGAAUGACACUUGAAGAAGCUAUUGGCUAUGUGGCAUCUGAUGAGCUAAUUGAGGUUACACCUCACAAUAUCCGGUUGAGAAAGAGAUAUUUGGAUUCAAACAAACGGAAAACAAUGAGCAAACGGCCAAAGGGGUGAUUGAUGAAAUAUGUGACAACAUUUCAAGGCUGUAAAAUUUUGAAUUUCGCUUUUUGAGCCAAACUCACACACAACACAUCACCAUCAUAUUAUUAUAUAUUUUUGAGAAAUAAACUGAAAACUAGAUGUUGUAGCUCAGGUAUUCAUUCGUAUCUACUGUCUACAUAACUUGAUCUUGAUUUGCAAUAUAAUUAGUUGCUCCAAGUUUAGAACCC